AUGGCGGACGCCGGGUCUGACGAGAACCAGCAGGCACUUACGCAGGCCCUAUGGUUUGCCAUCGGCCAGAUGGUGGAUGAAAAGGUGAUCAAGGACAAUCGCAAUGCGACGCCCCAGUUCAUCGCUGCCUUGACCCAGGUUGUGUGGACGCAAAUGGAGAGCGUUGCUCAAGACUUGGAGUCCUUCUCCGGGCACGCCGGCCGUACCACCAUUUCCACCGACGACGUGCUGUUGCUCUGCCGGAGGAACCAGGACAUGCACCACAUCAUCAAAGACUUCAUCGAUCAGGAAAAGGCCGAAAAGGCUGCCAAGGGCGACAAGAGGUCGAGAAGGUGA